AAUCGGUUUGGAAGCGAGUUUGUUUUGAUUUCCUACAGUCACUGUGUGGACCAAGGAAGACACGAAACUUAAAACGGAAUUUUCAGUUUUCCGAGAAUGGCUAAACUACAGUCUUUGAGUGUAUUUGUUAAUGAGCGUUUAACAGUGGCUGCUGUGGAGAUUUUUGACGUUGUAGAGAAAGUGGUAGCCGAGUACCAGGAGGAAAUUUCCCGUUCUAAAGAGGAGAACGACCGGCUACGGAGACUUCUGCGGAUCACAACAGAGAUAAAAGAGGAGGAAACCCCUGAGCAGGAGUGGAGCCCCAGUCUGAGGCAGGAGAAACCAGAGCCCACACAUAUUAAAGAGGAACAGGAGGAAAUCUGGACCAGUCAGGAGGUAGAGCAGCUCCACGGCCUGGAAUCUGACACCAUUGAGUUCGUAUUCACCCCUUGUGUGAAAAGUGAAUGUGAUCUUCCCCAAACCCAGACUGUGGAUGGCAGAGGGAGUGACUUUAAACUGUUGGAUCACAUAAAGGGUCUCGACAUUUUGUGUGACCCUCCGGAUAAUGAAGGCAACACCUCCAGCCACAACUCAGCCGUAAGCAGCGUCCCAUUAGGACUUGACAGCAGCCCACCAAUGAGAGAACCGACAAAAAGCAGCACCGUGUCUAAAAAACCUCAUUGCUGCCUUGACUGUGGCAAAUGCUUCACUCAGAUUGGCCGACUGAAGAUGCACUCGAGGAUUCAUUCAGAGACCAAACCAUUUUGCUGUGGAGACUGUGGGAACCGUUUUCAGCUGAAAGGAGAACUAACCAAACAUAUAGUGAUUCACACUGGAGAGAAACCAUUUAACUGUGGUGACAGUGGGAAAAGCUUCAAUCGCAAGCUUACUCUUAACAGGCAUAUACUGCUUGUCCACAAAGAAGGGACACAGUACGAAAAUGGAACGACGAAAGGAGAGAAACCAUUUUGCUGUGCUGACUGCGGGAAAAGUUUCACUCGUAGGCAGACCCUGAACAGACAUAAAAUGAUUCACACAGGAGAAAAACCAUUUCAUUGUGGGUACUGUGGGAAAGGCUUCAAUCGCAAGGAGACCCUCAUUGAUCAUAUCCAGAAUCAUACAGGAGAAAAACCGUUUAGCUGUGGCGACUGCGGGAAAAGCUUCAAUAGGAAGAGGAACCUAACUUCUCAUUUACUGACUCACACAGAAGAGAAACCAUUUAGCUGUGUUGACUGUGGGAAAAGCUUCAAGCAAAAGAGUGACUUAACCAAACAUAUAAUGAUUCACAUGGAAGAGAAACCAUUUAAAUGUGGAGAAUGUGGAAAAAGCUUCAAUUACAAGGUUAACCUCAACAGGCAUAUACUGUUCAUCCACAAAGAAAGAAAAUAGAAAGAUGGUGAAAAGAAGAAAGAAAAGUAAGACAGAUCUUCCGUCAGGAGAUGAGAAGCAGGAUGUGGACAAAACUGUUUAGCGAAACGACUCUAAAUCAUUCAUCUUGUAGGUUUCAAAUACAUGGAUAUGUGAUUCAUUCACUUUUGUAAAAUGUUCUAUGUAAAUAAAGUUAGAUUUUAUUUGAAUAAUGAUCAAACAGUACAGUACAUGCUAUUGCUCAAAGAAUGGUAUGGAUGUUUUCACAUUGUUAGAAACAAGAGUUUCCCGGUCUCUCGGGGUGAUGAGAGAAUGGUGAGACUGAUGUUAUUGAUACAUAAUUUUUUUUAAACUACUAAUGAACUAAUAAAGUAUUGUAUUAGAAACAUGUAUUAUAGUGCUGCACUAAAACAAAAAUGUGGGUCCCCUGGGAAUGACUUGUCAAGUCUAGAUUUAAAGGCCCAAUGUAGCUGUUUUCAUCUCAAUAUCAAAUCAUUUUAGGGUAACAAUGAAGUACCUUACUGUGAUUGUUUUCAAUUAAAAUGGUCAAAGAAACAAUAACUUCCAAGCAAAGAGAAAUUUCUCAUGCAAGAAUUUAGCAGGGAGUGAUCUGAGUGGGUAGGGGAAAAUUGAAAAUGAGCUGUUGGCAGAGAGGUUUGGAACUGAUUUUCUUAUUGGGCUCUUAACUAGCGAUGUCACCAGGCAGGCCAAAACUCC